AUGGCUUUCACUUUUCUCGCAUUGGCAGCGCCGGCGCUUGCUCUUCCACUUCCACAGAACAGCCUAACCGCUGGAAACACGACCACGACAGUACCGAUCAUGAAGACAGCGAUAUAUGUUGCUAAUGUCACAGACCCGGCAUUGACUAGAGACUCUUGUGGAUCAGCACGUAUUGGUGACAGAGUGCUCUGGACUUGCAGGGACACUCAAGGCUACGACGCUCAGACCGGCAAGCCAAUCGCAAUGCCAAUGAUGACCAACAGCGCGGCAUGGACAAAUUUGAGUCCAAGUGGAGGUCCACUAUUGGCACCCGGACCAGUGGGCGCCGGAUCAAAUGGCAGCAAUUCGAUUUUACAAAUGUAUGGCGGAAACACAUUGACCAUGCCAGCCUACUACCCACUCCAAGAUACUCAGUGCCCUGACUCUGGAGCGUGCGAAGACGGGACUCGAUAUGUGGUUUGGCCGGACCAGCCACCUCUGAUCUCACAACAAGGAAGUGAUGGCAGCGCCGUUGCCUACACAUGGAUUCCCAACCAGCAAUUGCGCGGAGUCAAUAACGGCAUCACCAUCAAUCCUUUGUACCGUCUGUACAAGGAAACAUACACACCCUCAGCGGACGCGAAUGCUCUUCCCGAAGUGGAGAUCAUCUCCACAUCUUUCUAUGGCGAGAAUGCCAUAGGAUACGGUCGCUAUGGAUCGAUGAUACACGACAAUAUGGCCUACCUCUAUGGCCAGACAGCCGAUCGUGAGACAACGCUGGCACGCGUCUCGCCAGAUCGGAUAGAGGACCGAACGGCAUACCAGUACUAUCAGGCGUCCACUCAGACUUGGACCAACUCUUCACCUGUUUUCAAUACUUCUACAGUUUCCACAGCCGCGCCAAAGUUCUUCAACAGCACGUCGUAUUCAACAAUUGCUGAGGCAAGGGACCUACAAUCAACCUACGUGAUUCCCAACGCCGGUCUCGGAGGGCAGGGAACCUUUUAUUACAGCUCUUACUUCUCUCGCUUCAUCUGGAUUGGACAAUCUGUGGGACUCGAUGGCGGUAGCGCGACAUUCUACAUUACAGCCUCUCCUUCUCCCGAAGGACCAUGGGCUGAGCCACAAAAGCUCUUUGUUGGGCAGGAUGGGGAUCAUGAUAUUGUAGGCGGAUACUCUUUGCAGGCGCAUCCAGCUUUGCUGCCCAGCGGACCUGGAGUCGCGAGCGAGAAAGGGAUCUAUCUCAGCUGGACGCAGCAAUGGCGGGAAAGUACAGUUGGGUCCGGAUACACGACGCCUUUGGUGUAUUUGGAGUUCGAGUGA